UUACACUGAGCUCAGUCUCGCCACCGUUUCCACCACAUUACCCUUUGAGAAAGCAUUUACUUCCCUGUUUUGGCUGAGUGCUCCGAUAAAUCGUUGUGUUGCUUCAUAAAGCUGGUGUUGCGAGCUUGUCAAGAUGUUUGUAUGAUUUCUGUGAAUGGAUUUGAGUCUGAACUUGUCCAACAUGUCCGUGGAGUCUGACUCUGAAAGGCCGGAACAGGGGCCAGUGGAGUACCGCAUGGCAGGUCUGAUCUUUUACUGCUUCGUCUUCAUCAUAGGAGUCAUAGUCAAUCUCACUGCUUUAUGGGUAUUUGCCCUCACCACCAAGAAGAGGAACUCUGUCACUGUCUACAUGAUAAACGUGGCGGUGGUGGACCUCACCUUCAUCCUGCUGCUUCCCUUCAGAAUGGUUUACCACCAACAGGACUACUGGCCCUUUGGGGACCUUUUCUGCAGAAUCAGUGCAGCUCUCACCAUCUUCUACCCCUGCAUGGCUCUGUGGCUGUUUGCUCUGAUCAGUGCAGACCGCUAUAUGGCCAUCGUCCAGCCAAAGCAUGGCAAAGAGCUGAGGAACGUCCCAAAGACAGUGGUGGCAAGUCUUGGGGUGUGGCUCAUGACCCUUGGCUGCACUGUACCCCUGCUCUUCUCUGAUCAUGAUCCCGAUCGCAUCUCCAACUUCACCACCUGCAUCAAGAUGCAAGACAUCAUCUACAUGCGCCAAGAUAACCCUGUCAACUUUGUUCGGCUCAUCUUCUUCUUCCUGGUUCCCAUUUGUAUAAUGAUCGGUUGCUACGUUGUCAUUGUGGAUAAUCUGAUCCAUGGUCGCACCUCUAAACUCAAGCCUAAAGUGAAGCAAAAGUCCAUCCGCAUUAUCAUCACACUGAUUAUACAAGUGUUGGUGUGUUUCGUGCCUUUCCAUGUGUGUCUAGUGCUCCGUCUGGUGUGGAGAGGCAAAGACGGAGGGUUUAGCACAUGGGCAGUCUUCACCACCUUCCUAAUGAACCUGAGCACAGUGUUAGAUAUCAUCCUGUACUACAUUGUCUCGAAGCAGUUCCAAGACAGGGUGAUCAGCGUGAUUCUGUACAGGAACUACCUGCGUAGCGUGAGAAGGAAGAGCAGACACACACACACAGGCAGUGUCCGAUCAAUGAGCAACCUGACUAGCGCAAUGAUAUAAAACAACCAUCAUCAGACUUGAACAGCAGGCUUAUAUGUCUUUUGCACAAUGUAACACUGAAUGCAUCACUGUAUACAUGGUUCAUUAUCAAAAGGCUCAAAACUUGCAGUUAAUUUCCAAGGUGUAAUUUACACUCACAGUAUGGGAGUGCUGCUGUUGUGGCAAAAACAUCUGUGUUCAGAGCUGAUUGACUCACCCAUGAGACUUGAGAUGUUUUCUGCGCGUCUUUGCUCUGGCAGACAAAGCAUGGGUAUCUGUGACUCAGGUGUGAAACAUGCAGGUGUAAAUAAAGCUCAUAAGCAUUCAAA